CCAAGCCCAAGCCGUAGUCCAAGCUAUUUGAGAUGGAAAAGAAUUUGUAAUCCAGGAUUGUCAUAGUUACAAUCAUAUUUGAUAGUUAGUUAGUUGUUGUAACUCAUUUACUAAGUACAUUUAUCUCGUUACAAGUAACGGUUAAUUCCACUGAACCAUUAAACUGUAUAGGUACUGCAAAUUUUAUUUCGGAGUUUAAAUUUUUCACAUCAAUAUAGCAUAAACAAUUUUUACUAAUUAAUUUUCAGAAUACUUUUUAUAGAAAUAAAUUCAUAUAAUAUUUCAUUCACUUAAUUGCAUAUUAACACAUACUCAUAAUGGCUGAAUCACUGAGUGAACUAUCUAAUAGAUCUUCAAAGGAAAAGCUAGAUCUUGAAGGUAAAGUUAAAGAAAAGUAUUACGAAAGUAAUGCUGGUGAUGGUACUAAAGCUACAGAUCAAUAUGUAACUGGUAUAAGAUUAGUAGUAACACUUAUAAGUUGUGUUGCUAGUUUAUUCUUAGUUGCCUUAGAUCAAACUAUCGUAUCGACAAUUUUAACUCAAGUUGGUAAUAAAUUUAAAGAUUUUCAAAAAAUUGGUUGGUUAACUUCAGGUUUCUUAUUACCAAUGGCUACAUUAGCUCCUUCAUAUGGUAAAAUUUCUAUUGCCUUUGGUAGAAAAUAUACUGUUAUGGUAGGUAUAGUAGUAUUUGAAUUAGGAUCUUUAAUUGCUGGAUUAUCAACUUCAAUGGAUAUGUUAAUUGGUGGAAGAGUUAUAGCAGGUAUAGGAGGAGGUUGUGUUCAAUCAAUGGUGGUUGUUAUUUUAACUGAAUCUGUACCAAUUUCAAGAAGAUCAUUAGCAUUCAUUUUAUUAGGAGUAACAUUUUCUGCUGCUUCAGUACUUGGACCUUUCAUUGGGGGUGCCUUUGCAAGUAAAGUUAGUUGGAGAUGGUGUUUCUAUAUUAAUUUACCUAUUGGUGGUUUAGCUUUAGUAUUAUUAUUUUUUGGAUUUAAUCCUCCAAAACCAACAGGAAAUAUUCGUCAAAAAUUAGCAAAAAUUGAUUAUACUGGUACUUUCUUAUUAACUACUUCAUUGGUCUUACUUUUAUUAGGUUUAACCUUUGGUGGAGUUGAUUUCCCUUGGAAAUCAGCAGCUGUUAUUUGUUGUUUCAUUCUUGGAGGUAUACUUUUCGUUAUCUUCUGUUUCUAUAACUUCAGAUACUCUCAAAAUCCAAUUAUUAUCUAUAAAAUUAUUUCAAAUCGUUUCAUAUUAGCUGCAUGUCUCUGUGGAACUUUUACAUUUGCAUACUUUAUGUCAAAUAUUAUGUAUUUAGCUAUUUAUUUUCAAGUUAUAUUUAAUGCUUCUGCUUGGAGAUCUGGUGUUGAUUUAAUUCCUUUUGUUGUUUCUGUUGCAUUAUCAUCUGUUUCAAAUGGUAUGUUCAUUAGAUUCACUAGACGUGUUAAGAUUACUAUGUUAGUAUCAGGUAUCUUAUCACCAAUUAGUUGUGGAUUAUUAUUAUUAUUAAGUAAGAAUUCAUCUUCAGGAAUGAGAAUAGGUUUAUUAAUCCUUAAUGGUAUAUCUGUUGGUUUACAAUUCCAAAGUUCAACUUUAUCUUCUCAAUUAGAAGCUCCAAAAGAUGUUGAAGGUUCAAUCAUUUUAACCACUAUUUUCUUAAACUUUUUAAGAUCUUCAGGAGCUGCUAUUUCUGUCACUAUUGCUCAAUUAAUCUUUAGAACAACUGGAUCACGUUAUAUCAAUCAAUUAUUAAAAACUUUAGAUACAAAUUCUGCUGAUUUCAAAGCAUUAAGUUCAGUUGAUCCAGGCUCUUUAUUAUCUUCACCAAGUAUUAUUAAUCAAUUACCAGAUUCUGCUAGAGAAUUAAUUUUGGAUGAAUUUAUGAAAGCCAUUAGAAAUGUAUUUUAUAUGGGUAUUGCCUUUGGUGCUUGUAGUUUAAUUGCUUCUAUAUUUUCAACCAAUAAGCAAAUUCCAAAGCAUUCUGAAGUUAAAAAGACCAGUGAUGAUGAGGAAGAAGAAGAAGAAGAAGAAGAAGAAAAUUUAGUAGAAGGUUCUGAAGAUCUGGAUGAAAAGAUUCAAACCAAAGCUUCAGAUGAUGAAAAUAUCGAAAUUAACACUCAAGAAAAGACUACAGAAACUCAUAAUUAAUAAUUUCUCUAAUAUAUAUCCUACAGAUGUUGUUAUACACUAAUG